AUAAGUGAAAUGCUUUGUCGGAAACGUGUUCUUAGUUUCCGUGCUUAGAUUCUCUCACCAGAAGAAGAAGCCGACGCCGACUUCUAUAAUACCUUGCCCGAGUCGUCGACGACUUUGAAGAAGACCUGUCACAAUUACAAAAUUACCCUCCAACUAUUACUAUUCCUCUCCUCCAUGUAGUAUAACAACACCACGCAAAGCAAAAAAAGAGAGAGAGAUAGAGAGAGAAAGGCUCUCCGAACCCUCUCUCUCUCUCUCUCUCUCUCUCUCUCUCUAAAAAUGGUGGGAAAGAGGGGGCUUCUUGUGAUCUUGGUGUUCUUCGAGGGCUUCUUCUAUGCGAGAAGUCAGGCGGUGAUCGGGGUGAACUACGGGGCGAUGGCGGACAACCUGCCGGAGCCGUCGGCGACGGCGCGGCUGCUGGCGUCGACGACGAUAUCGCGGCUGCGGCUGUACACGCCCGACGCGGCGCUGAUGUCGGCCGUGGCGGCGGGUGCCCCGAACGUGUCCCUGCUGGUCGGCGUCCCCAACUCCGACGUGGCGGUCCUGGCGUCCUCCCCCUCCGCCGCCGUCUCCUACGCCUCCGCCAACCUCCUCCCCUUCCUCCCCUCCCUCUCCGCCGUCUCCGUCGGCAACGAGGCCCUCUCCCAAGACCCCUCCUCCCUCGACCCCUCCCUCCUCCUCCCCGCCGCCAUCCUCGCCCAGUCCGACCCCCCGUCGUCGGGGGCCUUCCACCCCGAGCUCGCCGGAACCCUAGACCCCAUCCUCGCCUUCCUCAGCCGCACCGGCGCGCCGCUCAUGAUCAACCCCUACCCCUGGUUCGCCUACAGCGCCGACCCCACCCCCGAAACCCUAGCCUUCUGCCUCUUCCAGCCCAACCCCGGCCGCGCCGACCCGGCCUCCGGCCUCGCCUACGCCAACAUGUUCGACGCGCAGGUCGACGCCGUGCGCGCCGCGCUCGCCGCGCGCGGCUUCGGGGACGUCGCGGACGAGCCCGGGGCCACCGUCGACAACGCCAGGGCGUACACCGGGAACCUCGUCGCCCACCUCAGGUCCCUCGCCGGCACGCCGCGCGUCCCCGGGCGCUCCGUCGACACGUACCUCUUCGCGCUCUACGACGAGGACCUCAAGCCCGGCCCCACCUCCGAGCGCUCCUUCGGGCUCUACCGACCCGACCUCACCCCGAACUACGACGCGGGCCUCGCAGGAGCCGGGCCCAACCCCACCAACCCGACCCCGGCCCCCGCGUCGUCGUCGGCCCAGGGGAGCCCGAUCCAGCCGGGGUGGUGCGUCACGGCGGCGUCGGUUCCAGGCAGCGGCGGCACGAUCCAGCCGGCGAGCAACUGCUACGUGCCCAGCGCCGUCGGAUCGCGGCGGCCCGGAGAUUAUUGCUGCAACGGUUAUUGUGUGUGGUUUGGGACUAUGCUUUUGCUGCAGCAAGUUUCUGCCUGGGGGGUUUACAUCUGACAGUACAGUGUAAGAUUGCUUUGUGAUGUAUGCUGCUGCUACUACUACACUUCUGCUGUGUAUAGAAGUUGGGGUUUAUAAAGGAUGGUGCAAUUUAAGAAACAAACAUUUCCGAA